AUGUUGGAGCAGACCGUGCACAGGGCCUUCUCGGUCGCCAAAUCGCUGAAUUGUGACCCCCACCUAGGGUAUCGUCUGUCCACUUACACACUUCGGUUUGUUUCCUACCUGCAGAGUAAAAACCGCUACGCGAUGAAUAUCGCGUACUUUAAGCAGCUUUCCGGGGACGAUCAUUGCCAAAUCAGCUUUCGCCUGAAUGCGGAGCGCUAUAAUAUCGACAAAGUGUUCAACUUCAACCGCAGCUCGGCCGAACAAAUUGAUACCUCGCUUGAACGAAUGCGUCAGAACAUCGAGAAGGAGCUGCAGAAACGGCACAAGCGAAAAAAGAACAAAAAUAACGCGACACCGGCACCGGCACAGGGCCCGGUGGAGCUGCCUCCGGUGCAGGUGAACAUCGGUACGCGAGAGGCAAAGUUUACGGGCAUUACAGUGGCCGAGAUGCUGGCCCGCAUUGGCCAGAACCCGGACGUGUUUCUGACAGUUCUCGAGAAUGAGUUUCGAAUCGUGUACAACAAACCGGAGGUGCACGCUCUCGAGCUACCGACGUCGAUGAUGGCAGAUUUCUACGUGUACCCUUCCAAGCUGGAGCUACACUUUGCGACGCGCUCCAAGAGCGACUACCGAUGGUACCGAGGGUUGCCACCGGUAAGCACGGGGGAACAGAUCGCGUGGGAAGAGGUUGGACAGGAGUUUACAUACUUGGUGCCGAACCGUGACGUUGGUUACUAUCUGAAGUUUGUCUGCACGCCCAAGAGUGGCGAUCAAACCGGCCCGGACGCGAUGAAAGUGACGGAGCAAACGGUGCAGGCUGGUCCGGGACAGUGCCCGUUCGAGGUGCGACACCUAUUCACGCAGCAAAAACUGACGGGAGGUCAGUUCCGCGUCGUUUCCUAUAAUCUACUCGCCGACGUGUACGCCGACUCCGAUUACAGCCGCAACGUCCUGUUUGGAUACUGUGUGCCGUACGCUCUGGAGCUUGACUAUCGUAAGCAGUUGUUCGUCAAGGAGCUGGUCGGUUACCAAGGCGAUAUCUUGUGCCUACAGGAGGUGGACGCGAAGGUCUUCGCUCUGGAUUUGAUGCCGAUCCUGCAGCAAAACCGAUUUGUUGGCCACUAUCAAGCAAAGUGCAGGGUAGCCGAAGGUUUGGCGACGUUCUAUGACACCGAAAAGUUUGAGCUCGUCGAAAAGCACGGCGUGAUUAUCAGUGACAUCAUGAAAGAUUUUCCCGAACUAUGGGAUCAGAUUAAAGGGAACGAACCGCUUGUGAAACGCAUCUCGCACCGCUCGACCGCCCUGCAGGUGACGCUACUUCAAUCGAAACACGACCGCGACAAGCACCUACUAGUCGCCAAUACUCAUCUGUACUUUCACCCGGACUCCGAUCACAUACGGUUGCUGCAGUUCGGCUUUGCGAUGCUGUACGUUCGCCGGCACUACGACCGUAUCUUGUGCGGAGACCGUCUGUCGGCCGACAAUCUGGCUCUGCUCUUUUGUGGUGACUUCAAUUCCGUUCCCGAGUGUGGAAUUUAUAAGCUCAUGAUGGAUCGUUUUGUUGGACCCGACAUGCCGGACUGGCAAAGUAACGAACUCGAGGCGGUGCAGAAUGUUUCACUCACGCAACCGUUCCAGAUGGGUUCGGCCUGCGGGUGUCCGAAGUUUACGAACUAUACGCUUGGAUUCACCGAGUGCAUCGACUACAUUUUCUAUCAAACGAGCUUGUUGCGGGUGCUGCCCGACGUGGUGCCAAUGCCGAGUGAAGAGGAGCUGACCAUAUACGAAGCGAUACCAUCGCCCGUGUUCCCGUCAGACCACAUAGCACUGGUCGCAAACCUUGAGUGGACACGGUGUGAUGAAUGAAUAGCUUAAUUUCCCUUUAUUAUCCCGGUAGUAAAAAAUUUGCGACUGAAAAUGCAAUUGCUUCACACAAGUUUUGCUCUUUAUUUAUACAUUUUAUUUUCCUACGGUUCCCUCACAUUUUCACGUUCAGUGUUUUCGUCCAAACACGACAGAAUGUCCCGCGGUGUGUUUAUGGUGGCCGCUAGCUUAUUUGGGUACUUUUGAACUGAUGGAUUGUUCAUGAACAGAACGUCGUUUAUAGUGACUACGGAAUGGCAAGUGGUUUUCAGUCUUUCCGUCAGCACUGUGAUAGUUUCUCUUAGGCAGGUCUCAAAGAGACACAAACGUUGGUCGGUCACGAUCGGAUCGGUGUUCACCGCAUCGUCCACUAGUAAGCGGUCAAGAGAUUCAACGAUCACGAGGUCCGGCAUGUUGUUCUCCCAGCGCUGCAAAUUAGUCAGCAUCUUUAAGGCGUUCUUAAACGUUGGCGUGUAAAUGAACAGAAGUUUGUUAAAAAGAUCGCUAUACUGUUGGCGAAUUGUACUGUUCAAAUGCAUAAUUGGCGUGCGCGUGAUAAAAGCGACACGACCCCUAACGUUAACCCACUGGAGGGCAGUUUCGAUUAAAAUUUGUUGCUGGUCACUGAGGAUUUCCGAUACCGUCAAGAUGAACUGGCACGAGUGCACAGUGCAUUCUGCGAUCGUGUCGUCAUUAUCGGACGGUAGGAUUGUCAUACUCUGCACACGGUGGAUUAUCUGAAGAACAGAAAUCAAAGCAAUAAAGUGUCGAAUUCCGAUUAGAGCGGAAGUAAAUACCAACGAAGUUUUACCUAU